GGCCAAGUUUUGCGUUUGGGGCUGGAUUUCAGCUGGGUCAAUGUGGCAUUAGCUCCUCGGUUGCCAUGAAGCCAGGCAGAAAGGCACACCGAGUGGGGCCCCUCACAGGUCAAGGGUGGGCACCGGCAGGGUCCCAACACUGGGGACCUGAAAGAGCAGCCAAGACCAGGGACUUGGGGCUGUCGGCCUGCAGCUGCCCGGUGCCCAAAGCCAGGCAGCCUCUGCGCCAACCUGCCCCUCACUGCCUGGGCAGCAGCAUCCCUGCUCCAGUCGCCAUAGCAACGGCCAGGAGGAGGCAGGAUGUUGGGUGGAUCCUGCUCACAUCCGCAGAGGCCAGAGGAGGAAGAGGAGGAGACGGAGCCAAGAAGAUGAAGCAGACCUUGGCAGAUGACACGGAAGACGUGUCCCUCGACUUUGGGAAUGAAGAGGAGCUGGCCUUAAGGAAGGCAAAAGUCAGGUACCCGCUGGCCACCUUCUUCCACCUCUUCUUCCGCGUGAGUGCCAUCGUGACCUACCUCUUCUGCGACUGGUUCAGCAAAAGCUUCAUCGGCUGCUUCCUCGUCAUCCUCCUCCUCCUCUCCGUCGACUUCUGGUCUGUGAAGAAUGUCACCGGAAGGUUGCUGGUCGGUUUGCGAUGGUGGAACCAGAUCGACGAGGAUGGGAGGAGCCACUGGGUGUUUGAAGCAAGGAAGGCUCCCUCUGCCGUGGCUCCCCCCACUGAGGUAGAAGCCCGGAUCUUCUGGCUCGGGCUGAUCGUCUGCCCAGUCAUCUGGAUCCUGUUCUUCUUCAGCACCCUGUUCUCCCUGAAGCUGAAGUGGCUGGCCCUGGUGAUAACUGGCAUCUGCCUCCAGGCGGCUAAUCUUUACGGCUAUAUCCACUGCAAACUUGGGGGAGCCUCCCAAACCGCCCGCAAAGUCACCGCACCCUUCCCGGCCCAGGACCUCUUCCAGAAGCCUUGUUCUAUUGCUCCUGCAGGAACGACCGGAGGACUUUCAAAAAAACGUCCUGGAGCAUCUGGGGACCCAAAGCCAUUAAAAUGAGGCUGUCUGGAAGGUCCCCGGGGGCCGGUUUCUGCGCUAAACACGACAGGCUGCCUUUCGCCUCAGAAGAGCCAACGCAGCACAUUCAGCACCCGCAGCUUCAGCUUCCUCUUGGCCUCACAUCCCAUGUGGCGCUUUCUGGCACAGCAGCCCUUCUCUAGGACGCUGUUCCGGGCUUUUCCUCUGCCGGAGCGGGUGGCAGGCUGAUGCCGAGCCCCAAGCUCUGAGCGCCUCCCGAGGAGGAACGCCGGUUUCUCCGCUUGAGAGGCAGGCUCAGAGCCUCUGCCCCUCCCUGCUCCUUCGGCGGCCUUCAUUCAGCCCAG